GCAGCCGGGGGCCAAGUAUUCGGCGUGCGAUCCUACCUGCACCUUUUCUACGAGGAGUGCACCUUUGCGACACCUAAGGAUGAUGAGGAGGAGGAAGACAACACGGAGAUGAAGGAAGCGGCUGUUAUCCGGGAGACCUGGUCCUGGCUGCUGUGGAUGGCUGGCCUGGCAGCCGGGGUCCUCCUGGCAACUGCUGGGGCUGUGGCACUGGGGGCAGGGCUGCUCCUCCCUCCUCAGAUCGAAGGCUUCGGGGACGGGGAGCUACGGGUGGUCGACGAACGUGCAGCGGGACACAACGGCACCCUGAAAGCCUACCGUGCUGCUGGGGGGCUCUUGCUGGGGCUGGGGGGUGCCGUGCUGCUGGCCUGUAGCCUAGCCCGCCGGGUCAGUCGUCACAGCGACACCCGGAGACCCAGGCCCCCCGGCGCCUCCCAGACCAUCCGCAGCGUGUCACCCAUCCACUCCAUGCUGCCCAUCAGCCUGUCUCAGACGCUCAACAUCCAGCCCAGAUCGGGACUCUGAGCAGUCGGGGGGGGGUUCCGUUUGCGUCCUGUCAAACACACUCAUCCAGCAGUACCCAUUGGCCUCCAGUGUGUGUGUGUGUGUCUCUUUCUGUUACCAUUGUGAAAGUUCCCUGUGGAUGCCCCAUUCUUGAUGGAACGCACCGGUCACAUCAAAUGUACUGCGGGGCUGGAAUUUGUAACGCUGACAAUUAUUAAUCUGACAGCGAUGACAUUGCAGCGGCACAUGUGACAGAACAGCGUAAAAGUUUAUUUUCCAAACAAAUUGCUGUGUUCUUACCAAAAGCGAGGCAUCGGUUUAUAUUUUACGACACUGCAAGGUAUCCACCAAAUCCAAAUUAACGCAGAUGACUCCUGGAUCAUAAGGUGUUACUGUACAGAGAACUACAGGCUGGUCUCUUUGACUACAGAGCGAUGUCUCGGAGGCUCUCGCCUCUCGUCCUUUCGUGUCUGCAAAUUUAUUAAACGUGAAACUGUUUCGGAACAAAAGGGCCAAAGCCACAGAGCGCGAGGAAAUCAUCUCUGGUUGAAUUAAAUCCAGAUGAAUUCCACAGGAGCUGAAAGGGUUCCCAGCCUUUAGAACAUUAACAUUAAUGAGAGGA